AUGGGUGAUAUUAUCUCUUUCGAAACUAUCAAGAACUGGCCGGGACUUAUUGGUCUUUUAGUUCACAAUUUGAAACAACAAGAUGGCUCCACAUGGAUGAAAAAAGCCACAGUGGAGGCGCUUACUUCUGUAUUUGUUGCGACUUCUGUUGGUGCUUUGAGCCAAGACGAGGUUAACUCCGUCUUCACUGACGUUGUUCAGGUCCUGAACCUGGCUGAGGAAUAUAAAGUAGUCAGGGUUGCUGCAUUUCAGACUUUGGGCAAUGUUAUCAAUUUCGCGCCAACCAGCUUUGAGGAUGAGAUGGAGCGCCUUCGGAUCAUGGUUCUAGUUUGUGACGCUGCCAGAGUUCUUGCACACGAGAUGGCAGUGGCUCCGAAAAUGAUUGACAUGUGGAUAACAAUUUGUAAUGAAGAGAUCGCAUGUAAUGCUUCUGUUGGAGAAGAUGUUAGGAACUCACCUUUCAUUGAGACAGAAGUACCGAUCUUAGUGCCAUUUCUGCUACGAGUCAUAUCGAAAUACAAAAGGGCUGAUGGAAUCCAUGGUAUCCGUGCUUUAGCGAAAUCAUUGCUAACCUCUGUUGCUAGGAUUGUAAAAGGUGCUCUUGUCCCUCUUUUGGAGCCUUUCCUCAAGCAGAACAUAAAGGAAGAGGCGCGGUUCCAUAUGGUAACAGAGGAUGUACUUGAAGCAGUUGCUGCAUGGACGCCUGACUUCACCGCGGUUUCAGAAAAUACUUCCAGCCUGAAGCAGAACAUUCUUCAAUCCGAGAGAAACUACGAAGUGAAUAGCACGAUUCAGAGUGAAGAUGGGGAUAUAAUCGAUUGUAUUGACAUUUACAAACAACCAGCUUUUAAUCAUCCUGCUUUGAAAAAUCACAAAAUCCAGAUGGAACCAUCGUUGCUGCUGACAGAUUCAGAAACAGAAACCAUGAUGAAAGAAGCAGAACAUGAAAACUCGCAGGAUUAUACAACUUCUGCAACACAGAUAUGGCAGAGAAGUGGUAGCUGCCCUGAGGGAACCAUUCCCAUUCUCCGGAGAAAACUAGGAAAAAAAGAUGGCAAAUCAAAUCAAGCCCUGAAGAAAAAACCAGGUUUUGUUCCACAUCAAUAUCAGCAAUUCAAAGAUGACAACAACAACAACCAACCGAAUCUCUUAUAUGCAAAUCGCUCGAUAGCAAUCCUUUUUGCUCAGGGGUUUGCAUUUUAUGGGGCUAAAGCAGAUAUUCAGGUAUGGAACCCUCAUGUAGGAGAAGAUGAUGAGUACAGUUUGUCGCAAGUUGCUCUAAAAAGUGGCUUUCUCCGGGAUUCUGAAGUUGUUGAAUCAGGAUGGGCAGUGAACCCAAGCGUUUAUGGGGAUAGAAAGACAAGACUCUUUGCUUACUGGACAGUUGAUGGUUCGGUUGAUACCGGCUGCUUUGAUCUCAUUUGCCCUGGUUUUGUACAAAUAAACAACAAAAUAGCUCUUGGUGCUGCAGUUUAUCCCAUAUCAAAUCCUACAGGCCUUCCAUUCCAAAUAACCAUCACAAUCCUAAAGGAUCGAGAUACGGGCUACUGGUGGCUGAUUUAUGGAGAGAGCACCUUGAUAGGAUAUUGGCCAAGGGAUCUUUUCAAGGGAAUGGGAUUGUAUUUCGAUGCCAUGACUGUUCAGUGGGGCGGUGAAGUUUACAGCACCAGGAUGAAGAGUCAUCCGCAUCCGGCGAUCCAAAUGGGCAAUGGAGAUUUCCCGGACCCCAUUUUCGGCAACUCAGGCACAAUGAAGAGAAUGCGGGUUGCUGUCAACUCCCAGACAUUCACUCGGCCGAUAAUGACUUAUACCUGGACGGAUGAGUAUCGUUGUUAUAAUGUUUUCCACAACACGGAAUUCACCAAUGAUCCGGAACUUUAUUACGGUGGCUCUGGUGGAUUUCACUGGUGCAUUUAA